GGCGCUGGUAGCUGGUCUGUGAUUGGCUAGUUGUGUUUAGUUCAUCAUGGCCGUGUGUUAUUCCGCGUGAUAUGACAGCCAUCCGAGCUACCACAGCCUCUCACCCCUCGCACACUCUAUGCUCAUUAUUUAUAUUAGGGAAAUAACCACCAGUUGAAAUGGUGGGCGCAAGUAUAGUGCAGGUGGGGAGUGCAGUUCGGCACACCCCUCUGCCCCAACUGGCCCAUGAGACAGAAUCUCCACUGAACUCCGAGGACUUAACCAAAGACUUGAGUAACAUUGCUAGUCAGUUCCCUGUACUUGGAGGGUUCAUAGGUGAUGGCCAGCUUGCAUGGAGAGCAAUUGGGCCAACAGUGGAAAUUGUUGAACCAUAUACAGGCACACGAAAAGCUGCAUGGACUUUCGGAGCUAUAUUGCACAAUAUUGGAACUCGGGUAACCAGUGUAUGCGGAGUUGGACCUGGUGCCAUAUCUCAAGUUGUGGUUGGUGUUGAUCUGGGUGUUGACUAUAAACCUCAGGGAAUGGCAGCACUCCUGUCUCUCUCUUCUUCGAGGCUUACUCGGGUGUUUCACUUCACUCACAAGGUAACAAGUUUAUGUAUGGUGUCUGGUGGAGAAGUAAGUGUAGAUUCUGGCACUCUGGCACCCGAGCUACGUUCCUGGCAUGGGCUCUUAGUGGUUGGAACAUCAUAUGGCACAUUACAUCUCAUUGACCUUGCUUUGGACCUAGGAGGUCACAAGGUGCUCUCUGAUGAAGUUUCUCCGGGGAAUUUGGUCAGCGUAGCAACGCCUGACCCACAAGCAGAGCGUAAUCGUAUCAAUUCAGUCAUGCAAAAUUGCCACCCUACUAUGUGUUUAAGUGAUAGUAUGACUUAUGGUGGACAGUUCCAGCUAAUUGGUCCAGAUGAUAGUGUUCUAUUUGAGACAUCUGGGCAUCUUGUAUCCAUCACAGCUCUCACAUUCAUACCACAACUGGCUUCUCUUGUUGUUGGUUACAACUUCGGAGCAUUCCAGAUUAUCAACUUGUCAACACUCACUAUAGAUUGUGCAAGCCCUUAUGAAGAAAGUAUGCCUCCAGUACACUCCUUCAGUUGGCAAGAGCCAGAGAAUGAUCCUAAAAAUUUUGUUUAUCUCUGGCUGUGCCGGAGCUGGGGCCCAACUGAAGCAGGAAAGAGGAAUAGAAGUAGAAGAGGGAGUACCUCCCAUGCCUUGUGUACGAUGUAUGCCAUGAACUAUGACAAUAAAGUGUGGAUUGAAGGUCACGGACUCUGGUACCAAGGACUUGCAUCUAUAUCUCCCAGAUUUGAGUUUGAUGCUAUUGGUGGGCUUGGCUCUAAUGGUGAGCCAACUGAGCCCAGUCGAGUCUUUUCGGCUAUGACCGUACGGCAGACAACACCAACAUCUGCUGCUGCUCAUGGUGGAUCAUCGUCAGUUUCUGCUCUUGCCACUCCAGAUGAAGAAUCUGGACCUGUUCCUGAGCAAAGUUUGUGCCUGUUUGGGUGGAUAGGUGGUUCCCUUGAAGAGGGGCAUGUCUCCAUCAAUCACUAUUUGGCUGUGUUUGACAUCAAUCAGUGGUAUCAGGCACAAAUGCCUCCAAAUUUGAAGCUUGAGAAGAAUCACCUUUGCCCCUACAUGAGCUUUCAUGUGCUAGACAGAGUGCCUGGAAAUACCACUAAUGGGGGUCAGAGUGAAAUUGUCUUGAGUGCUGCUGCCAAACCUGCAUCAUGGUCACGUCACAUGUCUCGCACCUGUAAUGAGAGCGAUUGGUUCCCUGCAGCAUUGUCAUAUGAUGCUCAUGUGCUGACAAGUGAAGGUUUAGUGGAGUACCGAUGCCAGAGUGCACAGCAGGCAGCACUCGGCCACCUCACCACCAAUGGUCCAUCAGCAAUAGUGAGCCCUGAGGAUGCGUAUGCUAUGUGCGUGUUUGCUGGUCUUGUAUCUCCAGAUACUCUUCCUGCAGUUGGUUCUGCCAUGGUAAAGGAACGUGAGGCCCUAUUGAAUGUUGCACUGGAUCAGCAGUUAGUAUCUCUCUUGGUGCAGUGUGUGGCAGAGUUCUCUGAAGGACGAUUCACAAACCUAGGUUGUUCACUUCCCUCCCUCCUUGAGUGGUCAUGGUCUCGUGUCAGCGUAAUCAAGGCUACAAAUGACAAUCUCUGUAUGCCGUUGUUUGAUCCCGAGUGUGGGGUUAUGAGUCCCGAGAGCAUUACCUCACUUCACCAGAACUUGACCAGUCUUGCUUCUCUUACUACUAUCAUCACUACCAUUCGCAAUUAUGCAAAUACGAAUAUGAUCACACUCCAGGGUGCGGGCGAGUUAGAAAGUCGUGUUCAAGUUGUCAGUCUGCUAAUGCUGCACUUGAGUGUGGUGCUUUGGUUUUAUCACUGUGGCCUGCUGUUUCACACUCCAACAGAAGAUGUCACUGAAGAGUGUCAUGUGCCAUUUCCAGCAGAUCUCUUGUGUCGCAUUUACAAAAAUAGGCGUUCCGAGAUCCAUCAUCUUAGCUCAUCUCUCGUUGGCAAUGAGGUGCUGUUGAUUGACGGCUUGCUUGAGGAGACAGCUGGAGGUUCAAACAAUAGCAUAGGAAAGGCAUGGGAGAAAGAUGGAGGUAGUGGAAUGUAUCCUCCCCCAUCACUGCAUGCUCUCCUGUCGAUGUUUACCCUCCCUGACGUGUCUACCACCACCAAGCACCGAAUUGUUCAGUAUCUCUUCCUUGACCUUGCAUCACUCUUAUCUGAUGGGUAUGUGAGGGUUGUGGAGGAACUUGUGAAAUAUCCCUCUAGCUUUUCUCUGUCCCCAUCACAUAUCAAGUUAACACAGGCCUUCUGGCUCUUGGAUCAUAAAGAUUUUCAGGAGGGUCUGAAUGUGCUACUCGAUCCACUUGUCAGCACAAACGAUAUCACCACUUGGCAGCACCGCCGGAUCAUGAAGGCUUUUCUUUAUCAGGGUGAACACAGCAGAGCUCUGACAUAUGCUCAGAUUCGUCAACCUCCCAAGGCAGAUCUGGAUGAUAUAAGGCUUCAUUUGACCCUCCUUUUAGCCAAUGGACUUAUUAGGGAAGCCUUCCACUAUCAGCGAACUCACCGCAUCAAGAACAAUUCCGAGGAUCUUCUUAACCACCUCUUUACUGGAUGUGAGCAACUUGGGAAGUUGGAGUGUGUUAUUCACCUUCCACUGUCUCCCUUGGAGGAAGAAGUCCUUGUUUCUUACCUUCAAACUUCAGCCAACACAUCUGCCUAUGAUUAUCUUCUUGUCUAUUACCUCCAAAGAGCCAGGUAUGAUGAGGCUGCUGCCCUGCAGGAGAGCCUCCGUGGGGGUCUAGGCACUGCCAAGAAGCGGCAGGGAGCAAGAUCUGCACUAGUUCAUGGCUACCUCACUCACCUCCCAGAUGUUGCUAAAAGAAUAACAUGUGGUCCAAUAAGGAAUGUUGGUUCAUCACGAACCAUAUAUACAAAGCCUCAGCCGUUGUCUGCGCAGAUUCGUCAAGCUGCACCAAGUCUGAAGUCUCAUACAGCCAAUAUUAAUAAAAUGCUAGACACUAGCCUAGAUGCUUGGUCUUCUGUGAAGUCCUCCCCUACACCUUACACACCAUUCAGGAACAAGGCUCAGCGUCGUAAAGUACAGGAACAACCCGAGAUUGAGGAGAUUACUUCCUUGUUCACUCCCAAAAGAAAUAAUUCGGCAAGAGACUUGUCUCACGUGGUGUUUCCUUCCCGAGUGCAAGCAUCCCAUUCUAGGCUCAUUGAAGAUGAGGAGGGAGAGAUUGGCCUCUUUAGACCUGCAAAAAGAAGUCGCCUGGGAGAGAGUUUCAGUUUACAUGAUGAUAUGUCAGUGCUUAUAGACUCUGUAGUAAGAAAGACCACAUAUGGAGGACCUGAUGCAAGUGCUAGCAUACCUCAGAAUAUCUCCUCAGAUCUGAUGUUAUUGUUGCAGACUCCCAAGAUCAUGCGUAAAAGAAAGUCUGAAGUGCAACCUGGUGUUGACUCUUCACUUGUUGAUACUCCCCAGUCAAUACUUAAGGUACGUCAGAUGGUGCAGAGACCACUAAGCCCAGCUGCAGCAAGUGACACAUCCAUCCCAGUGUUUCCACAACUUAAUGCCAAGAAGGCUAGUGAAGGAACUGCUCAAGAUACCCUACUGAGCCGAGCCAAUGAUGCCAGCAUGACGCCCAAGCAACUGCGAUUCCACCUUCCCAAGAUGAGAAUGGAUGAAGAGCCUGUGGAUAAGAAACAAACUGGAAAUGAAAUAGAAGGCCCCAUUGUUGUGGCUGACCUGUCUGUAGCAUCAACUGAUGAGGAGGUGGAGGAGGAGGAGGAAAGGGAAAUGCACAGUGAAGAGGAGACAGACAUAGAAGAACAGUAUUUGAGAGAGAGAGAAUUGGAGGAAGGUGAAGUUGAAGCAAAGAAGACUAAAUUAUGGGUUAUUGAGAAGACAGAGGAAGUAAUACAUAAAUCAACGACAAUAUCCUCUCGCCCAAACAUCCAUAAUUUAAAGACCAAUCCAUUAAGGCAUCCGGAUUCUGGGGUCCCAACACCUCGUCAACCUCUCCGUAGUUAUGGUGCCAAAGCAACCAACGUGUCGCCUGUAUUACAUGAGAGCAAUGUCAGUGAAUGUGUAGAUGAAAUGGAUGCCAAGAAAGACCCAGAGUACUCCUUUGAAUAUCCAAAUAAAAACACUACUGCUGGUGAAGUGUUCUACAGCUUCACUGAGGAAGAACCUCCAGGAGCAGAGGUGUUUGUGGAUGAUGCAAAAAUUGUUAGUGAAGACUUGGGUAGUGAAGACGAGUUAGAAGGAGCAGAAAGGUCAAAAGAAGCCGAAGAAAGUGAAGCAGAAUCUGAAAUGAUGAAUGACUUGGAAGAUAGCAGAGAUGGAGUAGCAGAAAGGUCAAGGGAAGUAGGAGACAGUGAGGAGGAUAAUGUGUUUGUAGGGAAGCAAGCAAAUGUAAGAGAAGAGUUGCAGUGUGAAAAUGAGAAUUAUGCUGAAAAUGAAAAGGACAAUACUGUUAAACCUCAGAAAGUUUCUGAGAAAGUUGACUCUGAAAUGAUUAAUGUGCAUGAGGAGGGAGUUGAAAAGUUAGAGGUGGAAGAUGGAGAUCUGUUUAAAGAAGUUGCUGAAAGAAGACCUGAUGGGAAAAUCUACAAGGUGCAACAUUCACCUAUUAUUAGAAGGGAGGAAAUAUUCAUCUUAGGAAAGGUGGAUGAUUUUGAGAAAACAGAGCAUCAUGAUGAUUCAUUUAAAAGUGUUGUUGACCAGGAAGCAGAAGAGAAUACUGAAAAUAAGCCAAGCUCGUCUUUAAAUGAGUCAGAAGUCAUUCCUUCUCUUGAAUUUUCAGAUUCUGAGAGUGAACCUGAGGAAAAAGGGGAGACUACAGAGCGUGAUAACUCUACCAAAGAAAAAUUAAUCAUAGACACUUCAAUGAAAGAGGAAACAGAGUUGUCUGUGCAUUCACAAAUAUUAAUCACAAAACAAUUAAUUUCAAGUAAAGAACAAAAUAAUGGUAAUAAUCUCAUGGAAGAAGAAAGUGUAAAAGAGAAACCAGAUAUUGAUGUAGCAAAAUCCUCUGCAGCUGCACUUAAUAUGAAUACUUGCUGUCAUGCUACUGAAAAGAAAGGUGUAUCAGAAAGCACUGUUCUUGAUGAUGAAGUUAUGAACACAGAUUGUCAAAUUACUGAAGAGGAAGAGGAAAUGAUUGAUGAAGCUAUGUCUGAAAAAGAUAAACGCUUAUCUCUUAAUACAUCAGAGCACAUUAGUCCCCUGCAUUUAUCUGAUUCUGAAAGUGAAGAUGAUGAGGAAAAAUAUAAUGAAAGACAUUCAGAUCAGAUAGGAGACCAUUGUGAUAGAGAGGCAUCACUUCAGGAACCUGUGUCCGAAGAAAGCGAAAGUAUUUCGCUUGAUACGUCGGAGCAUAUUAGUCCCUUGCGUUUUUCUGAUUCAGAAAGCGAAGAUGAAGGGGAAAAUUACAAUAAUGGAAGACAUGCAGAUCAAAUUGAAGACCAUCAAGGCAGUGAAACAUCUCAGGAUAAGGUUAAUAUAUUAAAGGCAAAUUAUCAAGGCAUUGAAGUAUGUGAGGAGGAUAAUGUUAAUGAAAAAAAAAUAGAAAUAAAUGUCCCAGGAAAAGAAGUCAAGGUUAACAGUUCUAAAGAAACAGAUAGACAGACAGAUGUUGCAGUUGAGAAUGAGGAAGAUAGUGUGGAAACAAAAACAGUUUGUUUAAUUGAGGCACAAGGUGAUGAUACCUCUAGUUUUGAAAUCACAUGUAAUUUGGGAGAGGUUUCUUCAAGUUCUGUACAUGAAGAAAGAACAAAUGCUGUCCCCGAAGACAAUGGUUCUUCCAAAGUAAAUGGUAGAGUUUGUUUAGAGGAAGAUUCCCAAAUCUCAAAAUUUGGAGAGAGCUCUCAAAAGACAACCGAGUCCAUUGGAGGAGCUAAGUUAUCCUUGGCAGUUAAAAGUAGCAGUGAGGUCACGCAACAUCUAGAAAAUGAGAAACCCAAGGCACUUGGACUUGAAACUACAGGUGAAAAGGAGCCAUUGCUUAUAAAAGAGGAUGAGAAAAUGCAGGUAUCAGAAACUGAUGAACGAGGAAGCAUGCUUAAGGCAGAUAGCGAGGAUAUAGAAAUUAAAAGUAAUAAUAGAAGCAUACAUCUGGGCUCUGAUGCUGAAUGUGACUCCCAAUUACUUGCACAGUCUUUGCACAAGAGCGUGAAAAAAGAAACAUUUUCUGCCCAAAGGGAAACGGCGAUGCAACAGAAAGAGCCGGUAGUAAGUAAACCAGAAAACAAUAUCAGGAUUACCCUGGACAGAAAUGGUUCUGAAUUUGCAGAGGAAACUUCACAACCCAUAUUAUCAAAAAGAGGCUCUAUGCAUGAUGCUGCAAGCACUGUUAGCAAAAUUGCUGGGGAAGUUGGCUUAAAUAUAUCCCAAAGUAAUGAUACAGAAUCCCCUUCCAAUGUUACUGAGGAAAUAAACCUUAGAAGUUCACCAAGAAGAAGCCCAAGACAAAGUGACACUACAGAUAAGUCAUUUAGUUCUCCUGAAGUAGGUCUAAGAGUCUCCCCAAAGAAAAACUUGAAAGAAAGUCACAAUGAGGUGCUUCUUAAAGUCUCACCAGAGACAAGCUUGAAAGAGAGUGGUUCUGGAGACCCACCUACCAUUGCUAGCAAAGAAUCAAAUUUGACAUUGCAAAAAAUGCAUUUAAGGCAGAAUGAUACUGAAGACGCUUCGGCUAAUAUUGGGCUUGUUACCAAACCUGUUGAGAGAAGUAUCCUACCAGUCUCGCCAGAAAGGAUGACUGAACCCAAAGCUGGAGAUAAAAUUCUCAUGGAAGUUUCACCACACAAGAGGGCAGAAAUUACUCCUCAAGCUACUCCUGACAAAUCUUUAGAGAAACAUACUAUAGUAACAUCACCUAGAAAACCAAGUCAUACUCCCGAGGAAAACUCGCAAAGUAAAAGUACAAGAGAUAUGACAGAUAAAACUUCAGACCCCUUAAAGGCUACCCCUUUGAGACGAAGUCGUAGACUCAGUACAACUUCGCCUUCCACGCCAGGUACUCCAAAGAGGUCAAGCAAAGCAGUCAGUAAUGUUGAAGUUAAAACACCAGUUAGAACAUCAUCUGAAGCAAAUGAAGUUAUUGAAAGAAUAACAAGAUCUGGAAGAAAAAUUCUCCAGGUGCCAACACCACUUACAAAAUCAAAAUCAACUAAAAGAUCAGUAUUAGUCACUCCCUCAAGGAGGUCUAUAAGAGAAUUGGCAGAUACAGAAGAAUUGCAAAAAAUCUCCCAGAAAUUAGAUUUGUCUUCUCGGGCUGAUGAUAUGGCUCAUGAAAUCCCACCUACUCAACACACAUUGCCUGUUCCAAUUGUAACACCAACAUCGCCUAAAAGACAUAAAGCACAGGGAGCUGCAGAAACUGAAGUCUUGGUCACUCCAAGCAGAACAAGACGACGAUCUGGCCGAAAAAGUAUUUCAGAGGAAACACUGGAAACUAUUGUAGAAGAAAAUGGAAAAUCUACAAUGCCCAUUGAUUUAGAAGUAGAAGCGGAACUUUCCCUUCACCUCAAAACCAAAACUCCAAUUAAAGGUACACCAUUAAAAUCCACUCCAGUUAAAACUACACCUACAAGAACAAGAAUGUCAACAAGGCUAAGUGCAGCUGCAGAAAGCUUGGAACCCAUUGCAGAGGAUGUAGAAAACUCAACUCAUGCACCAGCUGAUGAAUCCCAAUCAAUGAAAAAUAUCUCAACCGACCACCAUUCUGUGACAAGAAGCAAAAGCCCUUCUCGAACAAGACGAAAGUCUAUUAUCGGUGAUACUACAGUAGAUAUUCCAGAAAAGAAGACUCCCCGAAAGAGACGGCGGUCUCUUGCUGAAAAUUACUCUGAAGAUAGCUAUAGUAAGGAUAAUCUUAGUAGUGUUGAGGAUAAGUCAGAAAGUAUAAUAUCCUCAGAGAGUGAACAGACACAUAAACAGACUGAUAUAACUAGAAGUACCACCAGAAGAACUCGUAGACAAUCACGCUCGGAGGAAGAGCAUUUGAAAGCAGAAGAAAUAAAAGUAUCAUCACCGAUGACCCGUUUUCGUGCAUCUGUUUCAGAUGCUUCUCAGAGCUCUCCAGAUAGAAUGUCCACCAGAUCCAGUGGGACUACUACUCUCACAAGCAUAAAAGACUCUGAAAGCAGCGAAGAAGAUGACAGGUUUCUCAAAAGACGAGUGUCGAGGCGACAGUCAGAUAAAGGUCACAAGCUUGUAAAUCCAGUCAUUGAGGAGCUGUCCACUAGAAGUAGGAAAAGUCUAAGGCUUACUUUGUCAUCCACAAUGUCCACAACUGCCCAAUUACAUCUGCAAGAACAGUUGAGCAAACCACCUCGAAAGUCCACUGGCAUCAAAUCUCUGAAACUUCAUUCUGAUUCAUACAAAACUGCUUCACUCUUGUCACCUGACUCAGAAGAAAAGGUUCAUGCUCGUACAUCCAGAAAGUCCCGAGCAGCAUCAACAUCCAUAUUACUCAUUAAAGACUCCAGUAAUGAAGAUGAGAUGUUUUUAGAGGGUGGCAUGGAUUCUGAGAAUGAGGCAGAUGAUGAAGCCAAUCACCCCGAGGUACAGGAGAGCCCAGAAUUAGAAUUGAACUUACUUGAGGUUGCUGGCAGGGGUAAGGGAGGGCGACAUAGUAGCUUGUCUCGUCUGUCAGUAGGCCAGACAGAAAAGAGAAAGACCCUACUUCCCAGACGCUCCCUGCACACACUCAAGAUCCAUACAGGCAUUUCCAAAGAACAAGAAGAAUUUUUUGCGGAAUUUGAAAAGACCUCAACCAAGAGAACCCGAAAAAAUGUCCGCAAGUCUGCUAACACAACAGUAUUAACAAUUGAAUCGAAAAUUAAACCGGAAAUGGAGGAAAAAGAUGCAGAAGAGGGAGGAAAAGAUGUGGAAGAGGAAACAAAAGAUGUGGAAGAGGAAACGAAAGAUAAUGUAUUUACGGAAACAGAAAAUGAAAGUGCAGUUGGUUUAGAUGAGGGAAUGGUGGAAGACCAUAGAGAUCGUAAAGACAAAGAAAUGACAAAAACAGACAAAGAAGAAAAAGAUGAAAGCUUGCAGGCACCUGCGUCACCUCAAUUUCAGUUUGCAAAGCCAAAGUGUGUGUCUACCACAAGGAGAGUACGAGCAUUAGAGUACCUUACAAGUGAAGCCGUGAACUUCUUGUUUUCUCCCCCUCAAGCCGCUGGCAGAAUAAUUAGACACCAUGCCAAGAUUGAAGAAGAGACCAGAGCCAUCUCAAGUGAAUCAGAAGUAGACAGUGAGACAGUGGGAAACCUUCAUUAAAAAAUAUGAUUAAUGAGCAUCUUCCACUUCAUUUUGUUUUGAGACGAAUCAUGUAAAGCUUGCGAGUACACAAAUAAACGGGUAAAAUGUCUUGAUAAAUUGUUCUGCUAUGAAUAUAUGUUAGAUCAUUGUAUGAUGAAUAACUCGAGGCCCCUUUUGACUUAGUAAGUGUAUACAGGGAGGUUUUAUAGUAUAUCUUGAACAUGAUUUAAUAGUGAAGCUUAGAAGAGAGAAGUUGAUAGGUAAAGAAGGAAAAUUAAUACUUUUGUGUUUUCUUAGAUUUUUUGAGAACGUUUUUGUUGUGGUAAAUAUAGCAUGUGAACCGUAGGUGAUUGAUAGAUAAGAAUAGACAACAGUUAAGUUUGAAAUAUAUUUGUCUUUGGGUAAAUGAAAUAUAUUUUUGUAAACUAAUAUCUUUUAUUAAGAAAUAUUGUUUUGUUGCUGCAAAAUUGUAUAAUUAAACAAAUUGUAAUCUCAUUAAGGCAAGUUUUCAAAGUUAUCGAUUGGCAAGAAUGAUGCUUGUGGGAGCUGUUGGUUGCAUUAUUAAAGAGAUGCUGACCAUUAGCUUUGUGUUUUUACAAUCUUAAUUAGUAAAAUUGACCUGCAUUAAAGUUACAUUGUACUGUAUGUUGAAAUACAGUACUCACACUAAAACAAGUUUAGGGAUCUGUGUGAUGUGUGUGGUUGUCAGAACUUAAUGCUCUGAAAGGCUGUUAUAUUCUUGAUUAAAUACAGCUGAUGUCUUCUAAAUUUGUUAUUGUUUGUGUGAUGCUGCAUCUCCUACUAAUCCAGUUGUUUGAAACAUGUGCUAUUUUGUUGACCUCUUCUACUAAUGGGGUUAAACCUAACAAGGCUGUGAUACAUAGAAUAUUUUCCACAUGCUUUACUCUAAUAAUUGGAUAUAAGGGAUAGAUUAUACAUUUUGCUUGUCUGGGUGUUAACUUCUCAAUACUAGCCCGGAGGAAUAUUAUUGGCUUUCCUUAUGCAGACCCCUUUCAGUAGUUCAUUAUUGACAUGUAUUGUGAGAGACAGCACAUGAAAUACCUGCAGGUGUGGUGAAGUCUCCUGGGUAGGUAAGUUAUUGGGCAAAUUACUGAAAGUUAUGCUUAAAUAUAUGAAUUUUUUUGUAUUUUUUAAACAAUUCUGGUAAUGAAUAUUUAUAUUUUACUUGAUAUCACAGGAUCCCCUGAAUUAUUGGAUAUAUAUUAAAUAAAUAAAUAUAAGUUCACAGUUCUGAAUGGCCGUGAUGGCAAAUACCUGCAUUUGGUGGGGAAAUGGAGGGACCUGAAGUACAGUACUAUAAUUAUAUCUGGAAGGGAGUUAUUUUUACAUAUUAGUGGGACAGUGUACUUGGGGAGGGUGGAGGUUAGGGUAGCUGAAUGGCAAUAAUUAUAUUUAUUGGAGGAUAUGAUAAAUAGAAUUUUAUAUAUUAGUUUGACAGGUUGCCUGUAGGGUCAGGGAUAUAUGUAAUCUUGCUCAUUAACUCUUGGUAAGAGGUUUAUUGAACCAUUUACCAAGGUAAUUGAGUCGAAAAUGCAUCAGCCUAAUAUGUAUUGUACAGUAGUGUAUUGUACAUAUGUUUGACAGUUUCUGGUAUCCUCUGAAAACAUUGUGGUUGAAUAGUAGGAUUUUCAUGAAGAUUUGGAGUGUGCUUUUGUUUAUUUAUACAGAGUAUAAAGUUUUCUGGACCAGGAGGAUUGGGGUCAUGUAACUGUAAAUUACUUUUUAAUAUUACUGUAAUUCUAUUACUCUGUUUACCUAGAUUUAUAAUUCUGAAUUAAAGCUCAUACAGUCCAGUAGAAUGGGCAGGUGCAUAAUGAUUUACUUUAGGCUCUUAUGUUUAUAGUGUACAUAAAUGUACUUUAGUACACCUUCGUGUAGUUUACUCAUAUCUGACUUAAGAAAACGUAGGAUAAGGAAAUAGCUAAAUUCUCUUCAGGUGCAUUAAAAUGUUUUAUUACAUGAUGUAGAGGAUGCUGUAAGCAUUGUUUGUUGUGAAAGAUUUUAAAGUGAGAGGCAGUAGUUUCCACCUUGACCAGUGUUGGUUCACUUGGAUAUAGAUAUACUGUACUGUAUUGCAUUAAAUACUUAAUUAUGCAGAGAAUGUAUAUUCUCUUGAAUUCCUCCACCUCUUUUUGAAACAAACCAGUGGAUGCUGUUGUAAUUUUUAUACUGUACUGUGUAUGUGAACAUUUGCAGAUGAUUACAACUUUUUAUUUUAUUUUGUUAGGAUGUACAGUAUAUGAUUUUUAAAAUAAAGAUGAGCUUCAU